AUGUUGCCUAAAAAACAUCUUUCUGGAUGUGAGAAAAGGAAAAAAAGAAAAAAACUAGAACAAUUGACUGAAUCACAAAGAGGGGCUAUUAAUAAAUUCUUUAUUAAAAGUUCUCAUGGUGAUGGAAAUGCACAAAAUUCAACUAUGACUGUGAAUGAUGUAGAUGAGUGUAAUGAGAUUCACAAUGUUAAUGAAGAAAGAGAAAAUUUGAGUGAGCAUGAAAAUGCUUUAAAUAGGAUAGAUAAUGAGAAUAUUGACAUUGAUGAACAAUUUAUUUCUUCACUUGAUAUAUAUGAUCCAAGAAAUUGGGAUAAUCUUGAUAACAAUGCACGUGAUAUUUUAGUUGAAAAAGGGCCUAUAAGAGAAAUGAAUAUUAUAUAUCCUUUGGACGACACUUCUAGGCAUUUUUCUUGUGCUCAUUAUUCUAGACAUUUAAGUAAUGGAGAAAUAAAAGACCGAAAGUGGUUGGUUUACAGUAAAUAUGUGGAUAAAGUUUAUUGCUUUUGUUGCAAGUUAUUUAAAUCUGAAAACAAUAGAAGUUCACUAGCAAAGGAUGGAUUUAGAGAUUGGAAACAUCUUAGUGAACGACUUAAAGAACAUGAAAACACUAUUGAACAUAUAACUAACAUGAACACUUGGAAUGAAUUAAAAAUGCGAUUAGAUAAAAAUCUAACAAUUGAUAAAGACCUACAACGAGAAAUUUCCAAAGAAAAAGAGCGUUGGAGACAAGUUAUAACAAGAAUAAUAGCAACUGUAAAAUGUCUUUCUAAACGUUGUUUGGCUUUUCGAGGAUCUAAUGAAAAACUUUAUCAAGACAAUAAUGAAAAUUUUUUGGGGUUGAUUGAAAUGAUUGCUGAAUUCGAUUAUGUGAUGCAAGAUCAUAUUAGACGUAUUCAAAGUAAUGAAAUUCAUUAUCAUUACCUAGGUCAUAAAAUUCAGAAUGAGUUGAUUUCUAUUUUAGCUAAUAAUGUUAAAAGUAUAUGA